UAAAAAGACCAGAAACUUUCGUUGAAGGCAUCAGUUCGGUUACAUCUCUCUAAACAUGAGAGUAACAACCUUCGUGAUCUUGUGCUGUGCUCUGCAGUAUGUGUCUGCAGAUGCAAUUGAUGAUGCAUUGCAAUAUGCACUCAGAAAUGGCAGACUAGAAACUAAAAAAGUAAACGAAACUGAUGAACUGGACUACGACUCAACAGGAAAUGUUUACGAAAAAUCUACAACAACGAAAGAAUAUGAAGCAUAUGGCGAUGUCGACAAAGACGUGACAGGAGAUGAUGUCAAAGUUAAAACUAUUGUUAUUAAAACUGACUCAUCAGGUCAUGAAACAAUAUGGGAAGAAGAUGUACUCAUUCAUAAGAAGAACCAGCUCGGUUCAUCGGCUGAAACAGAAACGAGAACAGUUUUAAGUUCAAAACCACGAGGUCCACUAAAUGCAGCAUCCAGCGCAUCAUCUGUUUCGGCAGCUAGCACUGGCUCUGUUUCUAGACCUAUUGUUGGUUACAAUACACCAGUACAGUACUCACCUCACGGAAACCAAGCUUUAGCAUCAUCUACUGCUGCUGCUGCUACAGGCUCUGCCGGUGGCGUUAACUACGGAUUGAACGGACUCUACGGUGGAGUAGGAGGCGUAGGCCCAGACACCAUUGUGAUCAACAACGGCGGGGCUUCUGGUUCUUCGUCGAGCGCUUCUGCUUCAAGCGCUGCUGCCAGCUCUGGUAACAGUCUAGCCGAACAGGAAGCACUCCUAGAAGCCACAGAAGCAGCCGAAGCCGCUGCCAUCGCAGCAGCAUCUGGACGUUACGCACCCUACGGUAACCAAGCCGGACGUACCGUCGUUAUAAACAACGAGUCAGGUUCUGGAGCAUCAUCAGCCGCCGCGGCUGCUUCGUCAUCCACCGGCGCUGCUGGACAAAGUGGAUUAGGAUCUGGGCUUGGUGGUUUGGGAUCAUCUGGCGCUGGAUUAUACGGAUUGAACGGCCUCAACGGACUCAACGGUCUCAACGGACUUCGCGGAGGACAAGGAUCCGGAUCCGCAGCUUCCGCCGCCGCUGCCGCAGCCGCCGCCGCUGGCUCUGCCGGUCGUGGAAACUUAGGUCUACUCGGAUCUUCGGGACUAUACGGAAACGACGGUCAAGGCGCCGUCAUCAUCAACAACAAUGGAGCAAGCGGAUCUGCUUCGAGCGCUUCUGCCUCAAGCUCAGCCGCCUCUUCCGCCGGCUCAGACGCAUCUGGACUCGCAGCUCAAGAAGCCGCACUAGAAGCAGCUGAAGCCGCUGCCAUCGCUGCCGCAUCUGGACGUUACGCUCCUUACGGUAACCAAGUCGUGAUCAACAAUGACUCAGGUUCUGGAUCAUCUUCGGCCACCUCAGCUGCUUCAGCAUCCGCUGGUGCCGCUGGUCAAGGAUCUGGUGCUGGAUUAUACGGUGCCGGUCUAUACGGCUCCAACGGACUAUACGGACUACAAGGCCAAGGUGGUAACGCCGCUGCAUCAGCUGCAGCAGCUUCCGCCGCUGCUGGCGCACAAGGAUCCGGCCUCGGUGGUUUGGGAUCAUCUGGCGCUGGAUUAAACGGAUUGAACGGCCUCAGCGGACUCAACGGUCUCAACGGACUUCGCGGAGGACAAGGAUCCGGAUCAGGAGCUGCCGCAGUCGCUGCCGCCGCUGCAGGCUCAGCCGGAAGCGCUAAUUACGCAAACGGAUUGAACGGACUCUACGGUGGAGUAGGAGGCGUAGGCCAAGACACCAUUGUGAUCAACAACGGCGGGGCUUCUGGUUCUUCGUCGAGCGCUUCUGCUUCAAGCGCUGCUGCCAGCUCUGGUAACAGUCUAGCCGAACAGGAAGCACUCCUAGAAGCCACAGAAGCAGCCGAAGCCGCUGCCAUCGCAGCAGCAUCUGGACGUUACGCACCCUACGGUAACCAAGCCGGACGUACCGUCGUUAUAAACAACGAGUCAGGUUCUGGAGCAUCAUCAGCCGCCGCGGCUGCUUCGUCAUCCACCGGCGCUGCUGGACAAAGUGGAUUAGGAUCUGGGCUUGGUGGUUUGGGAUCAUCUGGCGCUGGAUUAUACGGAUUGAACGGCCUCAACGGACUCAACGGUCUCAACGGACUUCGCGGAGGACAAGGAUCCGGAUCCGCAGCUUCCGCCGCCGCUGCCGCAGCCGCCGCCGCUGGCUCUGCCGGUCGUGGAAACUUAGGUCUACUCGGAUCUUCGGGACUAUACGGAAACGACGGUCAAGGCGCCGUCAUCAUCAACAACAAUGGAGCAAGCGGAUCUGCUUCGAGCGCUUCUGCCUCAAGCUCAGCCGCCUCUUCCGCCGGCUCAGACGCAUCUGGACUCGCAGCUCAAGAAGCCGCACUAGAAGCAGCUGAAGCCGCUGCCAUCGCUGCCGCAUCUGGACGUUACGCUCCUUACGGUAACCAAGUCGUGAUCAACAAUGACUCAGGUUCUGGAUCAUCUUCGGCCACCUCAGCUGCUUCAGCAUCCGCUGGUGCCGCUGGUCAAGGAUCUGGUGCUGGAUUAUACGGUGCCGGUCUAUACGGCUCCAACGGACUAUACGGACUACAAGGCCAAGGUGGUAACGCCGCUGCAUCAGCUGCAGCAGCUUCCGCCGCUGCUGGCGCACAAGGAUCCGGCUUCGGUGGUUUGGGAUCAUCUGGCGCUGGAUUAAACGGAUUGAACGGCCUCAGCGGACUCAACGGUCUCAACGGACUUCGCGGAGGACAAGGAUCCGGAUCAGGAGCUGCCGCAGCCGCUGCCGCCGCUGCAGGCUCAGCCGGAAGCGCUAAUUACGCAAACGGAUUGAACGGACUCUACGGUGGAGUAGGAGGCGUAGGCCAAGACACCAUUGUGAUCAACAACGGCGGGGCUUCUGGUUCUUCGUCGAGCGCUUCUGCUUCAAGCGCUGCUGCCAGCUCUGGUAACAGUCUAGCCGAACAGGAAGCACUCCUAGAAGCCACAGAAGCAGCCGAAGCCGCUGCCAUCGCAGCAGCAUCUGGACGUUACGCACCCUACGGUAACCAAGCCGGACGUACCGUCGUUAUAAACAACGAGUCAGGUUCUGGAGCAUCAUCAGCCGCCGCGGCUGCUUUGUCAUCCACCGGCGCUGCUGGACAAAGUGGAUUAGGAUCUGGGCUUGGUGGUUUGGGAUCAUCUGGCGCUGGAUUAUACGGAUUGAACGGCCUCAACGGACUCAACGGUCUCAACGGACUUCGCGGAGGACAAGGAUCCGGAUCCGCAGCUUCCGCCGCCGCUGCCGCAGCCGCCGCCGCUGGCUCUGCCGGUCGUGGAAACUUAGGUCUACUCGGAUCUUCGGGACUAUACGGAAACGACGGUCAAGGCGCCGUCAUCAUCAACAACAAUGGAGCAAGCGGAUCUGCUUCGAGCGCUUCUGCCUCAAGCUCAGCCGCCUCUUCCGCCGGCUCAGACGCAUCUGGACUCGCAGCUCAAGAAGCCGCACUAGAAGCAGCUGAAGCCGCUGCCAUCGCUGCCGCAUCUGGACGUUACGCUCCUUACGGUAACCAAGUCGUGAUCAACAAUGACUCAGGUUCUGGAUCAUCUUCGGCCACCUCAGCUGCUUCAGCAUCCGCUGGUGCCGCUGGUCAAGGAUCUGGUGCUGGAUUAUACGGUGCCGGUCUAUACGGCUCCAACGGACUAUACGGACUACAAGGCCAAGGUGGUAACGCCGCUGCAUCAGCUGCAGCAGCUUCCGCCGCUGCUGGCGCACAAGGAUCCGGCCUCGGUGGUUUGGGAUCAUCUGGCGCUGGAUUAAACGGAUUGAACGGCCUCAGCGGACUCAACGGUCUCAACGGACUUCGCGGAGGACAAGGAUCCGGAUCAGGAGCUGCCGCAGCCGCUGCCGCCGCUGCAGGCUCAGCCGGAAGCGCUAAUUACGCAAACGGAUUGAACGGACUCUACGGUGGAGUAGGAGGCGUAGGCCAAGACACCAUUGUGAUCAACAACGGCGGGGCUUCUGGUUCUUCGUCGAGCGCUUCUGCUUCAAGCGCUGCUGCCAGCUCUGGUAACAGUCUAGCCGAACAGGAAGCACUCCUAGAAGCCACAGAAGCAGCCGAAGCCGCUGCCAUCGCAGCAGCAUCUGGACGUUACGCACCCUACGGUAACCAAGCCGGACGUACCGUCGUUAUAAACAACGAGUCAGGUUCUGGAGCAUCAUCAGCCGCCGCGGCUGCUUCGUCAUCCACCGGCGCUGCUGGACAAAGUGGAUUAGGAUCUGGGCUUGGUGGUUUGGGAUCAUCUGGCGCUGGAUUAUACGGAUUGAACGGCCUCAACGGACUCAACGGUCUCAACGGACUUCGCGGAGGACAAGGAUCCGGAUCCGCAGCUUCCGCCGCCGCUGCCGCAGCCGCCGCCGCUGGCUCUGCCGGUCGUGGAAACUUAGGUCUACUCGGAUCUUCGGGACUAUACGGAAACGACGGUCAAGGCGCCGUCAUCAUCAACAACAAUGGAGCAAGCGGAUCUGCUUCGAGCGCUUCUGCCUCAAGCUCAGCCGCCUCUUCCGCCGGCUCAGACGCAUCUGGACUCGCAGCUCAAGAAGCCGCACUAGAAGCAGCUGAAGCCGCUGCCAUCGCUGCCGCAUCUGGACGUUACGCUCCUUACGGUAACCAAGUCGUAAUCAACAAUGACUCAGGUUCUGGAUCAUCUUCGGCCACCUCAGCUGCUUCAGCAUCCGCUGGUGCCGCUGGUCAAGGAUCUGGUGCUGGAUUAUACGGUGCCGGUCUAUACGGCUCCAACGGACUAUACGGACUACAAGGCCAAGGUGGUAACGCCGCUGCAUCAGCUGCAGCAGCUUCCGCCGCUGCUGGAGCACAAGGAUCCGGCCUCGGUGGUUUGGGAUCAUCUGGCGCUGGAUUAAACGGAUUGAACGGCCUCAGCGGACUCAACGGUCUCAACGGACUUCGCGGAGGACAAGGAUCCGGAUCAGGAGCUGCCGCAGCCGCUGCCGCCGCUGCAGGCUCAGCCGGAAGCGCUAAUUACGCAAACGGAUUGAACGGACUCUACGGUGGAGUAGGAGGCGUAGGCCAAGACACCAUUGUGAUCAACAACGGCGGGGCUUCUGGUUCUUCGUCGAGCGCUUCUGCUUCAAGCGCUGCUGCCAGCUCUGGUAACAGUCUAGCCGAACAGGAAGCACUCCUAGAAGCCACAGAAGCAGCCGAAGCCGCUGCCAUCGCAGCAGCAUCUGGACGUUACGCACCCUACGGUAACCAAGCCGGACGUACCGUCGUUAUAAACAACGAGUCAGGUUCUGGAGCAUCAUCAGCCGCCGCGGCUGCUUCGUCAUCCACCGGCGCUGCUGGACAAAGUGGAUUAGGAUCUGGGCUUGGUGGUUUGGGAUCAUCUGGCGCUGGAUUAUACGGAUUGAACGGCCUCAACGGACUCAACGGUCUCAACGGACUUCGCGGAGGACAAGGAUCCGGAUCCGCAGCUUCCGCCGCCGCUGCCGCAGCCGCCGCCGCUGGCUCUGCCGGUCGUGGAAACUUAGGUCUACUCGGAUCUUCGGGACUAUACGGAAACGACGGUCAAGGCGCCGUCAUCAUCAACAACAAUGGAGCAAGCGGAUCUGCUUCGAGCGCUUCUGCCUCAAGCUCAGCCGCCUCUUCCGCCGGCUCAGACGCAUCUGGACUCGCAGCUCAAGAAGCCGCACUAGAAGCAGCUGAAGCCGCUGCCAUCGCUGCCGCAUCUGGACGUUACGCUCCUUACGGUAACCAAGUCGUGAUCAACAAUGACUCAGGUUCUGGAUCAUCUUCGGCCACCUCAGCUGCUUCAGCAUCCGCUGGUGCCGCUGGUCAAGGAUCUGGUGCUGGAUUAUACGGUGCCGGUCUAUACGGCUCCAACGGACUAUACGGACUACAAGGCCAAGGUGGUAACGCCGCUGCAUCAGCUGCAGCAGCUUCCGCCGCUGCUGGCGCACAAGGAUCCGGCCUCGGUGGUUUGGGAUCAUCUGGCGCUGGAUUAAACGGAUUGAACGGCCUCAGCGGACUCAACGGUCUCAACGGACUUCGCGGAGGACAAGGAUCCGGAUCAGGAGCUGCCGCAGCCGCUGCCGCCGCUGCAGGCUCAGCCGGAAGCGCUAAUUACGCAAACGGAUUGAACGGACUCUACGGUGGAGUAGGAGGCGUAGGCCAAGACACCAUUGUGAUCAACAACGGCGGGGCUUCUGGUUCUUCGUCGAGCGCUUCUGCUUCAAGCGCUGCUGCCAGCUCUGGUAACAGUCUAGCCGAACAGGAAGCACUCCUAGAAGCCACAGAAGCAGCCGAAGCCGCUGCCAUCGCAGCAGCAUCUGGACGUUACGCACCCUACGGUAACCAAGCCGGACGUACCGUCGUUAUAAACAACGAGUCAGGUUCUGGAGCAUCAUCAGCCGCCGCGGCUGCUUCGUCAUCCACCGGCGCUGCUGGACAAAGUGGAUUAGGAUCUGGGCUUGGUGGUUUGGGAUCAUCUGGCGCUGGAUUAUACGGAUUGAACGGCCUCAACGGACUCAACGGUCUCAACGGACUUCGCGGAGGACAAGGAUCCGGAUCCGCAGCUUCCGCCGCCGCUGCCGCAGCCGCCGCCGCUGGCUCUGCCGGUCGUGGAAACUUAGGUCUACUCGGAUCUUCGGGACUAUACGGAAACGACGGUCAAGGCGCCGUCAUCAUCAACAACAAUGGAGCAAGCGGAUCUGCUUCGAGCGCUUCUGCCUCAAGCUCAGCCGCCUCUUCCGCCGGCUCAGACGCAUCUGGACUCGCAGCUCAAGAAGCCGCACUAGAAGCAGCUGAAGCCGCUGCCAUCGCUGCCGCAUCUGGACGUUACGCUCCUUACGGUAACCAAGUCGUGAUCAACAAUGACUCAGGUUCUGGAUCAUCUUCGGCCACCUCAGCUGCUUCAGCAUCCGCUGGUGCCGCUGGUCAAGGAUCUGGUGCUGGAUUAUACGGUGCCGGUCUAUACGGCUCCAACGGACUAUACGGACUACAAGGCCAAGGUGGUAACGCCGCUGCAUCAGCUGCAGCAGCUUCCGCCGCUGCUGGCGCACAAGGAUCCGGCUUCGGUGGUUUGGGAUCAUCUGGCGCUGGAUUAAACGGAUUGAACGGCCUCAGCGGACUCAACGGUCUCAACGGACUUCGCGGAGGACAAGGAUCCGGAUCAGGAGCUGCCGCAGCCGCUGCCGCCGCUGCAGGCUCAGCCGGAAGCGCUAAUUACGCAAACGGAUUGAACGGACUCUACGGUGGAGUAGGAGGCGUAGGCCAAGACACCAUUGUGAUCAACAACGGCGGGGCUUCUGGUUCUUCGUCGAGCGCUUCUGCUUCAAGCGCUGCUGCCAGCUCUGGUAACAGUCUAGCCGAACAGGAAGCACUCCUAGAAGCCACAGAAGCAGCCGAAGCCGCUGCCAUCGCAGCAGCAUCUGGACGUUACGCACCCUACGGUAACCAAGCCGGACGUACCGUCGUUAUAAACAACGAGUCAGGUUCUGGAGCAUCAUCAGCCGCCGCGGCUGCUUCGUCAUCCACCGGCGCUGCUGGACAAAGUGGAUUAGGAUCUGGGCUUGGUGGUUUGGGAUCAUCUGGCGCUGGAUUAUACGGAUUGAACGGCCUCAACGGACUCAACGGUCUCAACGGACUUCGCGGAGGACAAGGAUCCGGAUCCGCAGCUUCCGCCGCCGCUGCCGCAGCCGCCGCCGCUGGCUCUGCCGGUCGUGGAAACUUAGGUCUACUCGGAUCUUCGGGACUAUACGGAAACGACGGUCAAGGCGCCGUCAUCAUCAACAACAAUGGAGCAAGCGGAUCUGCUUCGAGCGCUUCUGCCUCAAGCUCAGCCGCCUCUUCCGCCGGCUCAGACGCAUCUGGACUCGCAGCUCAAGAAGCCGCACUAGAAGCAGCUGAAGCCGCUGCCAUCGCUGCCGCAUCUGGACGUUACGCUCCUUACGGUAACCAAGUCGUGAUCAACAAUGACUCAGGUUCUGGAUCAUCUUCGGCCACCUCAGCUGCUUCAGCAUCCGCUGGUGCCGCUGGUCAAGGAUCUGGUGCUGGAUUAUACGGUGCCGGUCUAUACGGCUCCAACGGACUAUACGGACUACAAGGCCAAGGUGGUAACGCCGCUGCAUCAGCUGCAGCAGCUUCCGCCGCUGCUGGCGCACAAGGAUCCGGCCUCGGUGGUUUGGGAUCAUCUGGCGCUGGAUUAAACGGAUUGAACGGCCUCAGCGGACUCAACGGUCUCAACGGACUUCGCGGAGGACAAGGAUCCGGAUCAGGAGCUGCCGCAGCCGCUGCCGCCGCUGCAGGCUCAGCCGGAAGCGCUAAUUACGCAAACGGAUUGAACGGACUCUACGGUGGAGUAGGAGGCGUAGGCCAAGACACCAUUGUGAUCAACAACGGCGGGGCUUCUGGUUCUUCGUCGAGCGCUUCUGCUUCAAGCGCUGCUGCCAGCUCUGGUAACAGUCUAGCCGAACAGGAAGCACUCCUAGAAGCCACAGAAGCAGCCGAAGCCGCUGCCAUCGCAGCAGCAUCUGGACGUUACGCACCCUACGGUAACCAAGCCGGACGUACCGUCGUUAUAAACAACGAGUCAGGUUCUGGAGCAUCAUCAGCCGCCGCGGCUGCUUCGUCAUCCACCGGCGCUGCUGGACAAAGUGGAUUAGGAUCUGGGCUUGGUGGUUUGGGAUCAUCUGGCGCUGGAUUAUACGGAUUGAACGGCCUCAACGGACUCAACGGUCUCAACGGACUUCGCGGAGGACAAGGAUCCGGAUCCGCAGCUUCCGCCGCCGCUGCCGCAGCCGCCGCCGCUGGCUCUGCCGGUCGUGGAAACUUAGGUCUACUCGGAUCUUCGGGACUAUACGGAAACGACGGUCAAGGCGCCGUCAUCAUCAACAACAAUGGAGCAAGCGGAUCUGCUUCGAGCGCUUCUGCCUCAAGCUCAGCCGCCUCUUCCGCCGGCUCAGACGCAUCUGGACUCGCAGCUCAAGAAGCCGCACUAGAAGCAGCUGAAGCCGCUGCCAUCGCUGCCGCAUCUGGACGUUACGCUCCUUACGGUAACCAAGUCGUGAUCAACAAUGACUCAGGUUCUGGAUCAUCUUCGGCCACCUCAGCUGCUUCAGCAUCCGCUGGUGCCGCUGGUCAAGGAUCUGGUGCUGGAUUAUACGGUGCCGGUCUAUACGGCUCCAACGGACUAUACGGACUACAAGGCCAAGGUGGUAACGCCGCUGCAUCAGCUGCAGCAGCUUCCGCCGCUGCUGGCGCACAAGGAUCCGGCUUCGGUGGUUUGGGAUCAUCUGGCGCUGGAUUAAACGGAUUGAACGGCCUCAGCGGACUCAACGGUCUCAACGGACUUCGCGGAGGACAAGGAUCCGGAUCAGGAGCUGCCGCAGCCGCUGCCGCCGCUGCAGGCUCAGCCGGAAGCGCUAAUUACGCAAACGGAUUGAACGGACUCUACGGUGGAGUAGGAGGCGUAGGCCAAGACACCAUUGUGAUCAACAACGGCGGGGCUUCUGGUUCUUCGUCGAGCGCUUCUGCUUCAAGCGCUGCUGCCAGCUCUGGUAACAGUCUAGCCGAACAGGAAGCACUCCUAGAAGCCACAGAAGCAGCCGAAGCCGCUGCCAUCGCAGCAGCAUCUGGACGUUACGCACCCUACGGUAACCAAGCCGGACGUACCGUCGUUAUAAACAACGAGUCAGGUUCUGGAGCAUCAUCAGCCGCCGCGGCUGCUUCGUCAUCCACCGGCGCUGCUGGACAAAGUGGAUUAGGAUCUGGGCUUGGUGGUUUGGGAUCAUCUGGCGCUGGAUUAUACGGAUUGAACGGCCUCAACGGACUCAACGGUCUCAACGGACUUCGCGGAGGACAAGGAUCCGGAUCCGCAGCUUCCGCCGCCGCUGCCGCAGCCGCCGCCGCUGGCUCUGCCGGUCGUGGAAACUUAGGUCUACUCGGAUCUUCGGGACUAUACGGAAACGACGGUCAAGGCGCCGUCAUCAUCAACAACAAUGGAGCAAGCGGAUCUGCUUCGAGCGCUUCUGCCUCAAGCUCAGCCGCGUCUUCCGCCGGCUCAAACGCAUCUGGACUCGCAGCUCAAAAAGCCGCACUAGAAGUAGCUGAAGCCGCUGCCAUCGCUGCCGCAUCUGGACGUUACGCUCCUUACGGUAACCAAGUCGUGAUCAACAAUGACUCAGGUUCUGGAUCAUCUUCGGCCACCUCAGCUGCUUCAGCAUCCGCUGGUGCCGCUGGUCAAGGAUCUGGUGCUGGAUUAUACGGUGCCGGUCUAUACGGCUCCAACGGACUAUACGGACUACAAGGCCAAGGUGGUAACGCCGCUGCAUCAGCUGCAGCAGCUUCCGCCGCUGCUGGCGCACAAGGAUCCGGCCUCGGUGGUUUGGGAUCAUCUGGCGCUGGAUUAAACGGAUUGAACGGCCUCAGCGGACUCAACGGUCUCAACGGACUUCGCGGAGGACAAGGAUCCGGAUCAGGAGCUGCCGCAGCCGCUGCCGCCGCUGCAGGCUCAGCCGGAAGCGCUAAUUACGCAAACGGAUUGAACGGACUCUACGGUGGAGUAGGAGGCGUAGGCCAAGACACCAUUGUGAUCAACAACGGCGGGGCUUCUGGUUCUUCGUCGAGCGCUUCUGCUUCAAGCGCUGCUGCCAGCUCUGGUAACAGUCUAGCCGAACAGGAAGCACUCCUAGAAGCCACAGAAGCAGCCGAAGCCGCUGCCAUCGCAGCAGCAUCUGGACGUUACGCACCCUACGGUAACCAAGCCGGACGUACCGUCGUUAUAAACAACGAGUCAGGUUCUGGAGCAUCAUCAGCCGCCGCGGCUGCUUCGUCAUCCACCGGCGCUGCUGGACAAAGUGGAUUAGGAUCUGGGCUUGGUGGUUUGGGAUCAUCUGGCGCUGGAUUAUACGGAUUGAACGGCCUCAGCGGACUCAACGGUCUCAACGGACUUCGCGGAGGACAAGGAUCCGGAUCAGGAGCUGCCGCAGCCGCUGCCGCCGCUGCAGGCUCAGCCGGAAGCGCUAAUUACGCAAACGGAUUGAACGGACUCUACGGUGGAGUAGGAGGCGUAGGCCCAGACACCAUUGUGAUCAACAACGGCGGGGCUUCUGGUUCUUCGUCGAGCGCUUCUGCUUCAAGCGCUGCUGCCAGCUCUGGUAACAGUCUAGCCGAACAGGAAGCACUCCUAGAAGCCACAGAAGCAGCCGAAGCCGCUGCCAUCGCAGCAGCAUCUGGACGUUACGCACCCUACGGUAACCAAGCCGGACGUACCGUCGUUAUAAACAACGAGUCAGGUUCUGGAGCAUCAUCAGCCGCCGCGGCUGCUUCGUCAUCCACCGGCGCUGCUGGACAAAGUGGAUUAGGAUCUGGGCUUGGUGGUUUGGGAUCAUCUGGCGCUGGAUUAUACGGAUUGAACGGCCUCAACGGACUCAACGGUCUCAACGGACUUCGCGGAGGACAAGGAUCCGGAUCCGCAGCUUCCGCCGCCGCUGCCGCAGCCGCCGCCGCUGGCUCUGCCGGUCGUGGAAACUUAGGUCUACUCGGAUCUUCGGGACUAUACGGAAACGACGGUCAAGGCGCCGUCAUCAUCAACAACAAUGGAGCAAGCGGAUCUGCUUCGAGCGCUUCUGCCUCAAGCUCAGCCGCCUCUUCCGCCGGCUCAGACGCAUCUGGACUCGCAGCUCAAGAAGCCGCACUAGAAGCAGCUGAAGCCGCUGCCAUCGCUGCCGCAUCUGGACGUUACGCUCCUUACGGUAACCAAGUCGUGAUCAACAAUGACUCAGGUUCUGGAUCAUCUUCGGCCACCUCAGCUGCUUCAGCAUCCGCUGGUGCCGCUGGUCAAGGAUCUGGUGCUGGAUUAUACGGUGCCGGUCUAUACGGCUCCAACGGACUAUACGGACUACAAGGCCAAGGUGGUAACGCCGCUGCAUCAGCUGCAGCAGCUUCCGCCGCUGCUGGCGCACAAGGAUCCGGCCUCGGUGGUUUGGGAUCAUCUGGCGCUGGAUUAAACGGAUUGAACGGCCUCAGCGGACUCAACGGUCUCAACGGACUUCGCGGAGGACAAGGAUCCGGAUCAGGAGCUGCCGCAGCCGCUGCCGCCGCUGCAGGCUCAGCCGGAAGCGCUAAUUACGCAAACGGAUUGAACGGACUCUACGGUGGAGUAGGAGGCGUAGGCCAAGACACCAUUGUGAUCAACAACGGCGGGGCUUCUGGUUCUUCGUCGAGCGCUUCUGCUUCAAGCGCUGCUGCCAGCUCUGGUAACAGUCUAGCCGAACAGGAAGCACUCCUAGAAGCCACAGAAGCAGCCGAAGCCGCUGCCAUCGCAGCAGCAUCUGGACGUUACGCACCCUACGGUAACCAAGCCGGACGUACCGUCGUUAUAAACAACGAGUCAGGUUCUGGAGCAUCAUCAGCCGCCGCGGCUGCUUCGUCAUCCACCGGCGCUGCUGGACAAAGUGGAUUAGGAUCUGGGCUUGGUGGUUUGGGAUCAUCUGGCGCUGGAUUAUACGGAUUGAACGGCCUCAACGGACUCAACGGUCUCAACGGACUUCGCGGAGGACAAGGAUCCGGAUCCGCAGCUUCCGCCGCCGCUGCCGCAGCCGCCGCCGCUGGCUCUGCCGGUCGUGGAAACUUAGGUCUACUCGGAUCUUCGGGACUAUACGGAAACGACGGUCAAGGCGCCGUCAUCAUCAACAACAAUGGAGCAAGCGGAUCUGCUUCGAGCGCUUCUGCCUCAAGCUCAGCCGCCUCUUCCGCCGGCUCAGACGCAUCUGGACUCGCAGCUCAAGAAGCCGCACUAGAAGCAGCUGAAGCCGCUGCCAUCGCUGCCGCAUCUGGACGUUACGCUCCUUACGGUAACCAAGUCGUGAUCAACAAUGACUCAGGUUCUGGAUCAUCUUCGGCCACCUCAGCUGCUUCAGCAUCCGCUGGUGCCGCUGGUCAAGGAUCUGGUGCUGGAUUAUACGGUGCCGGUCUAUACGGCUCCAACGGACUAUACGGACUACAAGGCCAAGGUGGUAACGCCGCUGCAUCAGCUGCAGCAGCUUCCGCCGCUGCUGGCGCACAAGGAUCCGGCCUCGGUGGUUUGGGAUCAUCUGGCGCUGGAUUAAACGGAUUGAACGGCCUCAGCGGACUCAACGGUCUCAACGGACUUCGCGGAGGACAAGGAUCCGGAUCAGGAGCUGCCGCAGCCGCUGCCGCCGCUGCAGGCUCAGCCGGAAGCGCUAAUUACGCAAACGGAUUGAACGGACUCUACGGUGGAGUAGGAGGCGUAGGCCAAGACACCAUUGUGAUCAACAACGGCGGGGCUUCUGGUUCUUCGUCGAGCGCUUCUGCUUCAAGCGCUGCUGCCAGCUCUGGUAACAGUCUAGCCGAACAGGAAGCACUCCUAGAAGCCACAGAAGCAGCCGAAGCCGCUGCCAUCGCAGCAGCAUCUGGACGUUACGCACCCUACGGUAACCAAGCCGGACGUACCGUCGUUAUAAACAACGAGUCAGGUUCUGGAGCAUCAUCAGCCGCCGCGGCUGCUUCGUCAUCCACCGGCGCUGCUGGACAAAGUGGAUUAGGAUCUGGGCUUGGUGGUUUGGGAUCAUCUGGCGCUGGAUUAUACGGAUUGAACGGCCUCAACGGACUCAACGGUCUCAACGGACUUCGCGGAGGACAAGGAUCCGGAUCCGCAGCUUCCGCCGCCGCUGCCGCAGCCGCCGCCGCUGGCUCUGCCGGUCGUGGAAACUUAGGUCUACUCGGAUCUUCGGGACUAUACGGAAACGACGGUCAAGGCGCCGUCAUCAUCAACAACAAUGGAGCAAGCGGAUCUGCUUCGAGCGCUUCUGCCUCAAGCUCAGCCGCCUCUUCCGCCGGCUCAGACGCAUCUGGACUCGCAGCUCAAGAAGCCGCACUAGAAGCAGCUGAAGCCGCUGCCAUCGCUGCCGCAUCUGGACGUUACGCUCCUUACGGUAACCAAGUCGUGAUCAACAAUGACUCAGGUUCUGGAUCAUCUUCGGCCACCUCAGCUGCUUCAGCAUCCGCUGGUGCCGCUGGUCAAGGAUCUGGUGCUGGAUUAUACGGUGCCGGUCUAUACGGCUCCAACGGACUAUACGGACUACAAGGCCAAGGUGGUAACGCCGCUGCAUCAGCUGCAGCAGCUUCCGCCGCUGCUGGCGCACAAGGAUCCGGCCUCGGUGGUUUGGGAUCAUCUGGCGCUGGAUUAAACGGAUUGAACGGCCUCAGCGGACUCAACGGUCUCAACGGACUUCGCGGAGGACAAGGAUCCGGAUCAGGAGCUGCCGCAGCCGCUGCCGCCGCUGCAGGCUCAGCCGGAAGCGCUAAUUACGCAAACGGAUUGAACGGACUCUACGGUGGAGUAGGAGGCGUAGGCCAAGACACCAUUGUGAUCAACAACGGCGGGGCUUCUGGUUCUUCGUCGAGCGCUUCUGCUUCAAGCGCUGCUGCCAGCUCUGGUAACAGUCUAGCCGAACAGGAAGCACUCCUAGAAGCCACAGAAGCAGCCGAAGCCGCUGCCAUCGCAGCAGCAUCUGGACGUUACGCACCCUACGGUAACCAAGCCGGACGUACCGUCGUUAUCAACAACGAGUCAGGUUCUGGAGCGGGUACAGGAGGUGCUGCAUCUGCAGCAUCUUCCACUGCCAUUUCUUCUUAUGGUCGUGGAAGAGGACGGGUGCGCCAAUCAUGCAAACUAAACCGUCGUCAAUUUAUCAUAAGAUAUGGAAGAAAAGGUCUUGCAUGUACUGAUUGUUAAGUGAUCUAGGUGUAAGAGAUUGAAGUUCAAUUUGUUUGUUUUUUACUUGGGUACAUCUUUACAACAAUGAAAUAAAUAUAGUUUUGCAGCAUGAA